ACAAACAUAACUCCGUUUAGAUUUGGCGCAGAGAGAGCUCCAAUGGCGGGUGACACAGACAGCCCGUCUUCUCCCCAAAACAAACGGCGGAAAACCCUAAAAUCAAAAAUCGAAGAGGACCCAAUUCCCCACGAACCCCAAGAACCUGAAAAUUCAUCUUCUCAGCGAUGCCCAAUUUGCUUCCUGGACGGUGGCAAAGUGAUCAGAGGCGAAAUCGAUUGCUGCGACCACUACUUCUGCUUUCUCUGCAUUAUGGAGUGGUCGAAGAAGGAGUCGCACUGCCCACUCUGCCGCCGCAGAUUCACCACCAUUCGCCGGCCGCCGAAAGACGGCGUCUUUGCCCGCGAGCGAGUCGUCAAGAUUCCUGCUUGUGAUCAUGCUCACCAUCCAUCUAGCAACAUGGCCGGGCAAGUUCUUCGUCACGAAGAAGUUUCGUGUCAAGUGUGCCACGGCAUGGCAGAUGAAUAUCUUCUGUUGCUCUGCGAUAUUUGCGAUUCAGCUGCUCAUACGUACUGUGUUGGACUGGGUAAUACUGUGCCCGAAGGUGAUUGGUUCUGCCUUGACUGCACUACUAUUAGGGGAGAACACGAUGACAACGUUGAUUCUAGUUCUGAUUCUGACGAUGAAUAUCUUUUAGGACCAUCAGACCCAAAUAUAUCGGCCUUUGACAUUGUACAAGAAUCAUAUGGUCAUAGCUCGGCGGCUAAUAGGUAUCUCCCAAGAAUCCCUAGAAUUCCAGACCACUUUGCACUUCCAGUUGUCCGUGACAGGUACCAGUAUCGCGGAUGAAGUAAUUACCACGCCAGCAGAAACACUACCAAGUGUUGCAGCAUCAGGUGCAAGAACAUUGGUUCACCGUCGCUAUGUGUGCACUCGAGUACAAGAACUCCGCGAAAAUUGGAAUGCCAUCCAAAGUGGUUCAUUGAGCUUUACUUCGAGUUCAAUUAAAUCUGGCUGCAUUAGUAGUCAAAAGCCUAAAAAUGGUGUGAUAAUCCAUGAAAGAUCAGGCCAAACACAGUCCUCAUCUUCCACAAGUGGUCAACAACCGAGAAAUCGAGACAGUUGUGGCUUAAGUGAUAUCGACAAAGCAUGGAAAAUGAUGGAAAUUGCAAAGUCAAGAAUGGAUGCUGGUAAAAAGUGCAGCGGCAGUUCCGUCAGCACAACAAGUGAUUCAAGAAAACGAACUAAUGUAAAUCCUUGUUUUGGUACUUCAAGUCAAGCACAAUCCUCAUCUUCCGCAGGGUGUCAUCGACCAAUAAAUCAAGUUGGUUGUGGAACACGUGACAUUAAGUCGAAACAGCACGUUCAUACAAACACCGGCAGCAGCAGUGGCGUUCAGCACCCAAAAGUUCUUUCUGGGAUAUCAAGUGCUUCAAAAGAAGCAACAAAUGUAACAUCGAGUUCUGAUAUUUUGAGAAGCCAACAACUUGGAGCCUGCGAUGGGAGAAAAACCGGAAAGGAGUCCUACAAAUGCAGUCCUCGUGAAAAAGAAACAAUAAGACAUCAACCUGUAAAGUUGGAAAAGGAUACGCAGUUUAGGGUUACGCCUCAGGAUGCAGUCGCGCCUAGCGAAGGCCCUUCAGCUAGACAUAUGAAGCAGGCUGCAGCAAACAUCAUUCAUGAGCAAAAUAGGUCUGCUUGUUCAGUAAAUGAAGGAGCACCUUCUUCUUUUUAUGCCAAACCAGAGAUCAGUACUUCUUCCAGUAAAUUAGAUGCGCAGAAGAGAAAUAUUGGCCGGGGAGAGAGCUGUGUGGAAGGCCAAUCAAGAAAAGACGCCAAAAGUGAAAUCGCGUCUGUUGUGAAGGUGAACUUGAAGAUGUUAACCAAAGACAAACCAUUAGGAGUGAUGCAUUCAAGGAAAUUGCAAGGCUUUCCACGCAUACCAUUUAUGGCGCAUGUGGUUUAAAGCGUUCAAAGUCUGGUAUGUACUCCUUCCCUAGCUUAGAAUGCCCCCACACCGAGCAGUUUCAGCCGCCGCACAAACCCAGUCCGAUGCCAAACUCUUGUCGAGCUUGCUUUGAUGGUUUUGUGAAAGGCGUAGUCAGCUCUAUUCUGUGUGGUUCAGCUGGUUCCACAAAAUUAAGCCGAGCUCCAUCUUAACCGGUUCCAACUGCCACGGUUCAGCCACGAAUAAAGUAAUUUCUAAAUUUUAUGAUGAAUCUUAUUCCAUAGGAGAGCAGGAAUGUGGAGUAAUUUCGCGGUAGUAUCUUAUCUAGCAUAUCGAGAUUCAUCCCGUAUUUAACUCAGGUGCAAGGAGUCGGGGAGCCCUGCUCUGACUGACUUAAAAGAAACUACUUUCAGAAUAUAUAUAACCAUGUUGUAUUUGCUUUUCCUCA